AUGGCACCACAAUUUGUUCUACUUGGAUUACCAACUAUGCAAAUAGGACAUGAAAUUUAUCAUGAUAUCUUAGUUAAAUACAAUUUAUGUUAUACGGCUAUUAAUUCAACGGAAUUAAGAAUUGGAUUAACAGCAAUGAAAAGAAAGAAUGCAUCAAUAGAUGACAUAGAGCAACAUAAACAGUUGAUAUAUAAUGCUAUUGGAUAUACAUCUGAAUGGUCAACUAAUCUUCGUCAUAUUAUCUUCAGUCAUAAAUAA